AUGAAUACAAUUAAACAAAUAAAUCAAAUAAAUCAAAAAGAAUUAAUUUCAAAUACAUCAUAUAAAUCAUCAUGGCAUUAUGAUUAUCGUGAUACAAAUUAUUUAUAUAUUGGUAAUAUUCCAUUUAAUUUAACUGAAAAAGAUAUAAUUAAAAUAUUUAGUCAAUAUGGAAUUCCAACUCAUAUUAAUUUAAUUAAAGAUAAAGAUAAAGAUAAAGAUAAAGAUAAACAAGAAACUGAGAAGAAAUAUCAUAGAGGAUUUGGAUUUUUAAAAUAUUCUAAUUUUAAAAGUUGUAUAUUAGCUAUUGAUAAUUUUAAUGGAAUAAAAUUAGGUGAUCGAUAUUUAAAAGUUGAUCAUAAUUAUUAUAAAUUACGUAAUGAUGAAAAUGAAGAUGAUUAUUUGAUUGAUUAUAAUAAUGAGAUUAUGAUGAAAGUUAAUGAAGAAGAAGAAGAAUUGAUUGAAAAUAAUAAAGAAAUUAAAUUAAUUAAAGGGAAAGGGGAAGAUAAACAAGAGAAGGAUGAAGAGAAGGAUGAAUUUAAAGAUCCAAUGGCUCAAUUUUUAACAAAGAAAGAAGCGAAAGAAGAAGAAGAAGAAAAAGUAGAUGAUGAUUUUAAAGAUCCUAUGGAACAAUUUAUCAAAGAUAAAAAGGCAAAAAAUCAUAAACAUAAAUCAUCUCAUCGAUCUUCUGGUCGAUCAUCUCAUAGACAUAGAUCAUCUCAUCAUCAUCAAUACAAAUCAAAAGAUCGUGAAAAAAAGUCCUACAAGAUAAAAUAA